CGCAUGCGCAGACCAACCAGGAAGCGCCAGUGUUGACGAGAUGGAAUCCCUCGGUUAUGUUUUGUACUAAAGAAGACUAGCAGGCAGCAGGUUUGGCUGCAUCCAUUUCCAGUCGCAGCCAUGGCGUGCUGCCCCUUGUGCCCCAGGCUGUGCUCCCGCUCAUCAGCCUACACUCUUGCUCUCGGGCUAGGCUUUGUAACCCUGGGGACCAGCCGCAUCCUACUUCUGAAAAUGUCUGCCAAUGCUGAAAACAAGUACGACUUCCUCCCAGCAUCUGUAAAUCUGCUUGCCGAGGCUCUUAAACUGCUCUUCUGUCUGGUCAUGUCAGUCAGGGUCAUAGUCCGAGAGGGCCGAUCAUGCAGAGAUUUGGGUUGUGCCUCCAGCUCUUCCUUCCUCAGCUCCCUGAAGUGGGCCGUCCCUGCUUUCCUUUACUUUCUUGACAACCUCAUCAUCUUCUAUGUUAUGAGCUACCUGCAGCCCGCUAUGGCAGUGUUGUUCUCCAACUUUGUCAUCCUGACCACAGCUGUGCUCUUUAGAAUUGUUUUGAAGAGGCGCCUGUCUUGGGUUCAGUGGGCAGCGUUGGUUAUUCUCUUCCUGUCCAUCGUUUCCUUGACAACAGGAUCAGGAGGCAAGCAAAACUCAAUAGCUGUUCCCAGUCUUCACUCAAACCCACUUUCUAGCCCCUCCAACUCUUGCCUACUCUACACCCAGCUUCUGGAGGAGAUGAAGAACAGCAGUGUAUCAUGGGCAUCAGCCCUGCCCGGCCAGGCCUGGAGGGACAAAGUAGUAUCGAAGCUUCAAUCUCUGGGUGUGGGUCACAUCCUGCUCAUCCUCCAGUGCUUCAUCUCUGCCAUGGCCAACAUCUACAAUGAGAAGAUUCUCAAAGAAGGAGAGCAGCUCACUGAGAGCAUCUUCAUACAGAACAGUAAACUGUAUGCCUUUGGUGUGGCGUUUAAUGGUCUGACUCUUGGGCUCAACAGCGAGGCACGAGGUCUCACCAUGCACUGUGGCCUCCUACAUGGACAUAACAUUUAUUCCCUGGGCUUGGUGCUGGUCACUGCUGCCCUGGGCUUAUCCGUGGCCUUCAUCUUAAAAUUCAGAGACAACAUGUUCCAUGUGCUGACUGGCCAGAUCACUACUGUUCUGGUCACAGGCCUCUCCCUCUUCCUCUUUGACUUCCACCCUUCGCUGGACUUCUUCCUCCAGGCACCCACGGUCCUGCUGGCCAUCUUUAUCUACAAUGCCAGCCGGCCCAAGGACCUGGAAUAUAGCCUGCAGCGGGAGAAACUACGGGUUAUCAAUGGGGAGGUGUUCGAGAGGUCCAGAGGGGACGGUGAGGAGCUCGAGCUCCUGACAAAGGCAAAUGGAGACAGUGAAUCUGAUGAAGAGUCUUUGUAGUAAUGAUAGAGCUCACUCCCAACAGAGAGGAUACUCUGCAUCUUUCCUGCUGCUGAUGUCAAACUGCACAAUUGACUGGAUGGAACAUGGUCACAGAUUGUCUGUGAAAACAUUUAUUUGAACAGUGAUAAGCAGGUAAACGGUGAAAGAUACUGUUGAUUGAUUAUAUGAUAGACUCCUAGAAUUAAAAAAACAAAACAAAAAACAAGGCGUUUAAUAACAGAAUUAGCGAAAUGUGUAUAUUUUGGAAACGUGCCUGUCUGUGGAUGACUGCUGUCAUUCAUAUGGGGGAAAGUACCAGUAACGCUGUUUGUUGGAAAAGUGAUACUGCGUUUGCCAUUUUUGGAUUCAUUAUGGAUUUCUUUUAUGGACAGUGUAUUUCUUUACAUGAUUCCUGUUGUACAUGCUGCUAUUUGACUGCUUGCUGGUGCUGGACGUCUAAGGACCAGAAACUGCAGUUUCAGGAUUGUUCUAGUAAUAGAUUUGUUUGAAAUUGUAGUGAUGUUGAAUCUUUAUCCACACUAUGAUGAAUUCGGAUUGUAUUAAAAUACUGUGGAAGAGGCAGUCCAACACAAAUCCACAAACUAUACAUUCACAAGUGUUCAUGUAUUAAGAAUUGACACACACAUCAUGGGCCAAAUGCAUAGGCACUUUUUUCCCCCUAAAUCUCAGUCUUCAUAACACUCAACCCAUGUCCAUCAGCCUUGUUUCCACUCCAUUCUGCAGUCAUGAAUGGAUGUAGGAGCUCGUUUAUCUGUCUGGACAUAAAAUUGCAGCUCAAAUAAUUUCACAUGGUGAUGAAUAGAACCACAAAGAAGACGCAGAGUUUUCAUCAAGGUGGAGAAAAGAAAAUGUCUUUUAUUUGGUGAUCUCAAUUCUGGAAUCACAAAAGAAGAAACACAACCAAAGGGGGAAAAAGGAACAGAGGCAACUAUUAAGUCCAAAGUAAAAGGGGAAAGAAAGAAAAUACCACUCACAUUACUACAAGAGGCAAAAAAGUUGUUUUUCAUUGUUAACAAAAGGAAAGCAGAGCUGCAGCUUUUUAUGGGACCCAAAAUUUCCCCCAAAAUAAUAGGAGGCUUGCUAAAAAUUAGUACACCCGACAUUAGGUGGAAACAGAAAAAAUAUAAAUGAAUGUUUUAUACAUCUGGCACCUGGACUAUUAUGGACUAUUAUUUUCAUUGGACUAUUGGUGUUUAUUUUCUGAGCCAGAAUGAGUGGUAUUGACACAAUUGCCACUAAUGCCUGACCUUCUGUCAACACCACAAACUCCCUGCUUCUCUUACUUGGGGCUUGAAUAUUUUCUUGUUAAACUGUAAAAUAACAUUGUCUGAAGAUUGUUGUUUGUGCCAUUAAAAUCCUCACGGGUGAAUGCAUUUUCUUGCAAAAUAAA